AUGGCAUCCGCCUUUAACGCGUACAAGCACGACAAGGCCCUGCAGGCGGCACACCAGAAGCAGCUCAAGGCGCUCCUCCGCGAGCCGGGCAACGAGUCGUGCGCCGACUGCGGCGGCCGCUUCCCACGCUUCGCGUCGGUGUCGCUGGGCGUGUUUCUGUGCAACCGGUGCUACGGCAUCCACCGCGGCAUCGGCGUGCACGUGACGCGCACCAAGUGCGUCGAGCUCGACGCGUGGAGCCCCCGCGAGGUCGCCGCCAUGCGCGCCAUGGGCAACCGCCGCGCCGCCGCCAUCUGGCACGGCUCGCUGCCAGCGGGAGUGAGGGCGCCCACGUCAGCCUUAUCAGAUGCGGAGGUGGAGCGGUGGAUUCGAGACAAGUACGAGCGUCGCCUCUAUUACAACCCCGCUGCUGCUGCUGCUGCUGCUGCCGCUGCCGCUGCUGCCACUUCUGCCACUCCUGCUCCCUCUCCCCCUGCUGCUUCGCCCGCCACUGCCUCCCCUCCCUCCACCACCCCGUCCACUCCCACAGGCGGCACGGCGCAUGCACGGCAGGGCGUGGAUGCGCUCAGCUCAGCCCGCCUGAGGCAUCCACCCCCCGCCACCACAGCAGGCUGUGCAGCCCAUCACGAGCAGCACACCCUAACAGCUGCUGGGGUCCCUGCAGGGCAGACGGGCCAUGCUGCUGGUGUUGGCUCUGGAAGCAGUGGUAUCAGCAAUGUUCUUUCAGUAUCAGGCGCCGGCAGCAGCAGCAUGGAUCUUGGCCCAAGCAAGCAGGCAGCUGCUCCUCCAGAUCUGAUUGAUUUCUCUCAGUGGUAA